GAAAGUUGUUGUCCAGAAUUUUGAAUAUUCCGGUGAACAACGGUUCCGACGAUUAACCCAUUAACUUCAAUAUUCCAACACCGAACCUUCUCUACGAUACCUUCCGGAUGUUCCUAAUAAUUGUUAGAGAGUUUGUGGUGAGUUCUUGGAAUGAAACAAUAUGAAUUUGGUGAAGAAAGUAGUCCAACCCGAGGAGCUCGCCACCACUGGCGCAGUCCCGGUAUUUUGGCCAUAUCUUCUUCGUUACUUAACGAAAUCGCGAGCCGUUUGUUGGGCUGGAUUCGUAUCGUCCGGGGCUACAACUUUGGUUCAAGAAGUAUUUCGAAAUAAUGGAUGGAAAAUUUCAGUUUUUAUCUCAAAGUGGACUAAUGUAUUUUGGACUCAAGGGACAAACUGUGGUUGUUUAUUAUAACCAAUUUGUGACUUUGUGGAACAAGCUAUAUGGAUCUGUUGAUCCAACGUGUGGUUUCCGGUGUGAGGCUACGGCUUUGAUUCGGGCGCGCGAGGAACAGGAGAAGACUCAUCAUUUUUUGCUCGGGCUCGACGACGAACAGUUCGAUCACAUCCGAUCUCAGAUUAUUGCCACCGAACCUGUUUCGGACAUACACCGGGCUUAUGCACUCAUCGUUCAAGAGGAACGCCACAAGAGCAUUGUCCGUGGCCGAGAUGACCGUACGGACGCUCUCGCCUUUGCCAUGCAACGUCCCGCUCCUACCUUGAGUCGUGGAGACCCCCCCAUUAUUCGUGCACACAUUGUGGAAAAGACAGCCAUUCUGUGGAUCGGUGCUAUCAAUUGCAUGGGUAUCCGCCCGGGAAGGGCCGUGGGGGUCGCGGCACUGCAUCCGGCCGAGGGGGUCGCGGUGGUGGCAGAACACCGUCCGGCGGCAGUAGCGCCCCUGGCCGUGGGUCUGGCCGAGGGAUAGGAUCGGCGAUAGGGGGAGCAAAUGCAGCCACCAAUUCCAACGCCCUAGGCCUCACACCUGAUCAGAUGACCCGGUUACUUUCCAUGCUCGACGUCUCUUCUUCAGACAAGGAUACUGGGUCUAAUGGUGAGGCAUCGGCUCGUGAGUGGCUUAUUGACAGUGG